UUUUCUGCUGUACCGUGCACCGACCUGUGCGGAUCUCUAACGCUUCAGUAUCGCGGUAGCGGGUCAACAAUAACCUUAUGAGCGACCUGCCAUCUAUCAUACUCCUGUGGAUUAUCAUCUAUUGAUAUUGAUCAGUAUACCUCAUGGAAUUGUCAGAUACUGUUGAACGACUGGAGGGUGUAGACUCAUUUGCUCCAGGAGGAUUAGUGGUAAAAAAGAAAGCAGAGUUCAAGAAACCACAAUGCUCUCUUCUUGGACUCGAUAAAUUAGCUGAACGGAAGCGCCAAGAAAGCAUGGCAGUUGAUUCAAAGCAAACAAAUAUGAACAAAGCAAGAACGUAUCGAGAGCGCCGCGUCGAAACUCCGUCCAAUCGUGGAGGUGUUACCAAAGAGUUUCUAGACUCAAGAGAACGCAGGCGGAAGCGUGAACGACAUGAAAAGGAAAAAACAGGUUUGGUUGCAGCAACAUCUCGGAAAUCAAGGGAUUCCUCCAGGAGCAACACUUAUGAAUAUUUUGACAAGUCGAUCGCGGUCACUGCUGAUCGGGAAUCUCAGAGUGUGCGACGUCGCCGUGAAGCUGACUGGGAAGAAGAAACGCCUUCUUAUCGUGGCAGCCGUGACUCAAGCGAUACUGGUCGCAGCAGCGUUGAUCGAUACGCUUCACCAGCUGACCUUCAUACACCUAUUGGUGGGUCGUCCAGGCAGUGGAGCUGGGAUGAUUCCGGCUUUGGAGGUAGUCGUAGUGGCACUCCCCGCACCCACUCAGACUCCGGACGCGAGCGUUAUGUCUACACGCCAUUGCCGACACCCACGUUUAAGCACAAUUCAUGGAUGAAGUCCUCUGAUGAUCUGAAUAGACCCUCUAAACGCGAUCGUCAUGGCCACCUAUCCCAAAGAAAACGGACCGACACUGAAUCACGCGAACGCUCAUCAACUCCGGAUAACUUGGAAGAAUCUGAGGAAAUGUUAGCCGAAAACGAACGCCUUGACCGGCACUGGUAUCAGAUGGACGAAGGUUACGACGAUGAAAAUAACCCGUUCGCAAACAUUCCUGAGGCAUACGCUGCCAAAAAAGAGAAGCAACUGGCAGAGCGGAAAAAGCGAAACAAACAAAGACUAACAGCUCAAGCAGUCCAAGUACACAAAGACAAUCUAGCUUGGGAACAUAAUCGAAUGUUGCGAUCGGGGAUAGUACAGCGUCUAGACUUCGACGAGGAUGAGGACUUCAAUGAAGAGGGUGAGGCUCGCGUCCACUUAUUAGUCCGUAACAUACUUCCCCCGUUUUUGGACGGUCGUAUUGUUUUUACUCGACAACCUGAGCCGGUGAUCCCUGUUAAAGACCCGGAUAGCGUGAUGGCUAAAGUGUCUCAAAAAGGUAGCGCAAUGGUUCGUUAUUUUCGUGAACAAAAGGAGCGGAAACGCGCUCAAAAGAAAGAAUGGCAAUUGGCUGGAACACGUAUAGGUGAAGUGAUGGGUGUGAAAGCCCCAGAGGAACCAGAGGAUAAGUGGAGCGCCGAUACCCAUCGACAGACCCAAACGUUUGCCGAUAAGAUGGGCGAUAUGAAGUCGGAGGCUGCAAGCGACUUUAGUGCACACAAAUCGAUUACUGAACAAAGACAGUAUUUACCCGUUUUCUCAGUGCGCUCUUCUCUACUCCGAAUGAUCAAAGAGCACCAGAUUGUCGUGAUUGUCGGUGAAACAGGAAGCGGAAAAACUACUCAACUUACGCAGUAUUUGCAUGAGGAUGGCUACACCAAUUACGGCAUUGUUGGCUGUACGCAGCCGCGCCGCGUGGCCGCCAUGUCUGUUGCUCGUCGCGUUGCGGAAGAAAUGCGUACACGUUUAGGCGAUCAAGUCGGUUAUGCUAUCCGUUUCGAGGACUGUACUUCACCGUCUACUCUGAUCAAAUACAUGACGGAUGGUAUUCUCCUGCGUGAAUCCCUACGAGAAUCCGACUUAGACCCAUAUUCCGCAAUAAUCAUGGACGAAGCUCACGAACGUUCAUUGAACACGGAUGUUUUGUUCGGGCUGCUGCGCGAGGUUGUCAGUCGCCGCAAUGAUCUUCGUCUUCUUAUCACCUCUGCUACAAUGGAUGCCGAUCGUUUCGCCCAUUUCUUCGGUGAUUGCCCCGUUUUCCGUAUUCCCGGUCGAACGUUUCCUGUGGACAUUCAGUUCAGCAAAACAACGAUCAUGGAUUAUGUGGACUCCGCCGUGAAGCAGGCCAUACAGGUUCAUUUAGCUUCACCGACCGAUGGUGAUAUUCUAAUAUUCAUGCCCGGGCAGGAGGAUAUUGAGGUGACCUGUGAGCUGAUAGCAGAACGCCUGGGUAAUUUGGACGAGGCCCCACCACUCUCAAUUCUUCCAAUCUACUCUCAACUACCUAGUGACUUACAGGCGAAGAUAUUUGUCAAAGCCGAGGAUGGAGUUCGCAAAUGCGUCGUAGCAACUAACAUCGCCGAGACGUCAUUAACCGUUGACGGCAUCCGCUACGUUAUUGAUUCCGGGUAUUGUAAGCUAAAAGUGUUCAAUCCCAAGAUCGGCAUGGAUGCCCUGCAAAUCUUCCCGAUCAGUCAAGCCAACGCUAACCAAAGAGCGGGUCGGGCUGGUCGUACUGGCCCUGGAGUCUGCUAUCGAUUGUACACGAUCAGUCAAUUUCAAGAAGAAAUGCUUGUGACUGCUGUCCCAGAAAUCCAACGGACUAAUUUAGCAAAUGUCGUUCUGCUUCUGAAGUCACUUGGCGUGCAGGACCUUAUGCGUUUCCACUUCAUGGAUGCUCCGCCGCAGGAUAACAUAUUGAAUUCAAUGUACCAGCUUUGGAUUUUUGGCGCCCUAGACAACACUGGGGGGCUGACAAAUCUGGGUCGUCAAAUGGUCGAAUACCCUCUUGAUCCCGCCUCAUCUAAACUGCUUAUAAUUUCGUGUGACAUGAAUUGCUCAGAGGAGAUUCUGACCAUCGUAUCUAUGUUGUCCGUUCCGAAUGUGUUCUACCGUCCAAAAGGGAGAGAAGAAGAGUCGGAUAACGCUCGUGAAAAGUUCCAAGUCCCCGAGUCCGAUCACUUGACUCUGUUGAAUGUGUACAAUCAAUGGAGAAAAGCAGACUACUCAUCGGGCUUUUGUGCUCGACACUUCUUGCACUUGAAAGCAAUGCGUAAGGUGCGAGAGGUUAGGCAACAGAUGAAGGAAAUUAUGGAGCAACACAACAUGAACCUGAAGUCAUCUGGGAGCGAUUGGGAUGUGGUCCGCGAAUGCCUUUGCUCAACCUUCUUUCAUCAAGCCGCUCGUAUCAAGGGGUUGGGAGAAUACGUGAAUUUACGCACCGGGAUGCCAUGUCAUCUGCAUCCAACAAGUGCCCUCUACGGCAUGGGGUACACUCCAGACUAUGUGAUUUACCAUGAGCUGAUAAUGACCACCAAAGAGUACAUGCAAUGCGUCACGUCUGUUGACGGAAAUUGGUUGGCCAAGGUUGGACCAAUGUUUUAUAGCGUUAAAGACCCCAAUCUCACGCGUAUGGAACGGAAGCGGCAGGCCGAAGAACAACUGGCCGUUAUGGAGAACGAGAUGAGAGUGGCUGAAGAGCAUUUGGUUCGACGCCGUGAUGAACUGACAGCCUCUAUCAGUUCUAGUCGUCUACACCCUAUUGCUACUCCCGGAAUGCGCACACCGGGGACUCCUGUCGUCAGCAAGCGUCCGGCUGGUCGCCUUGGCUUGUGACCUCCAUUACCCAAUUGUACAGCUGUGUAUAUGACAUCAGUUAUGCUAAAUGCACUCACCUUUAUCCAAUUUCUUUACACUUUUUGUUUCCAUCAAUUUGCGCAGUUUUUACUCUCCUCGUAUGCGGUAGCGUCAGCAUAUUGAUACUUCCCAUCUGUUCGGGAUCUUGCGCUACUGUAUCCGCCCUCCGACUGGUCUGCUAGUUAACAUUCUCAUUCCUACCUCCCAUCUCCUCAUCACCGUGUUCGGAUUGUCAACAUCCAUAUCUUAUAAGGAGAUCUGUAUGAAAUUCGGUGACGAUUUUCACCUACGUUGAUGUAUCGGGUACACCUUAUUAAUCCAAUACACGAGGAAAAUUCACAUUCACAUUGUCCAUCACGCCUUCCGCGUCAACUGAGGUACAUGUUUGAUAAUCUUUUCUUUUCGAACGUAUACUCGUAUUCUUUUUC